UGUUGUUUUGACUUUUGAAUUCCGUCUUUCUAACCUAUAAAAUUGUUUAUAAUUGGCUAAAAUAUGCCUUACAAACGUAAAAAAUACCAUAACGGUGAUACUCAUCUAAAAAAGCGCUGGCGAGUACGCAACAGAAAGAAAGAUCUUGAUGAAAUUGAUGUAGAUCUUAAAGAAGAAAAUGCCGAGAAAUUGUUAAAUCAAGAAGUUAAUUUGGAUAUUCCGGGUGCUGCACAGCAUUACUGUCUCCACUGCGCCCGCUAUUUCAUUGACGAACAUGCUUUGUCAGAACAUUUCAAAACUAAAGUUCACAAAAGAAGAUUAAAAGCUCUUGAGUUGGAACCUUACAGUAUAGAGGAGUCUGAACGAGCCGCCGGCCACGGUAAUUUUAAACUCGCCACUAAACGAAAAAUUGUCACUCAAAAUAGUGACAAGCAGGACAUAACAGACAGAGAUGAUGAACUGUUAGAAGAUAGUUCAGCCAAGAAAAAGAAAACGGAAGAAAAUGAUGCCUAAUAUAUUUAAUAGCAGAUUAUCUAUUAUUAAGAUAUUCAAACGAUCCUCUGCAUUAUUUAUAAAUGGUCCAAAAGCCACAGAUAAUUUUGUUUAUGUAACACCACAUAUAGAUUUCCCUGAGCGUAUAAAACACAAAGAUCUUUUAAAGAGUGAAUUAUGUAAAAGACAUGCAAAGAAUAAUCUUGACAAACUUGUGGAACUGUGGUCUGUGUAUGAAGAACUGAAAACAAGAAAAAAGGAAUUAGAUGAGAAAAAAGCACAAGUCUCAACAGAACUG